CUCUUACACACUCCAGCAAACCCACUCUCCCAUCCCUCUCUAAGAUACAUCACCUUUUUUUAACUCUCUCUAGAAUCAUAUACCUCGCUCGAAAGUCUCGCACCCUACCACCACCUCAAAGUCACAGUCUUCGAGCCGUUCUCCCUAACCGGUUUCCCACGCUCCUACUCACUAAACUCUCUCUCUCUCUCUAAAGAACAAGUCUCACUCACGUUCACCUCGCUCAUAAACCCGCCUUUCUCUCUAACUAUCCAAACACCCACUAAUCCCUCCCCCACAGAAGCAGAAAACAACAUUCUCGUAUCACUUAUUUUGGGUAAGAUUUUCGUUUUGAAUACGGGGGAAGUAUAGUCUCAAAUGGAAAGAAAGCAGGGGUUCUUCUCGGCGCUAAAAGAUGAGCUGGUGCGGGGCCUCUCGCCGUCUCGGUCUCGGGCCAACAGCCCUGCCAGAACCGGUUCGCCCAUCAUAUCGGGCCUUCUCCGGAGAAAGAAGGGCAGCCAACACCAAAAUCCCGUGGCGCAUCCGGAGCCUCUGAUCGUGAGAUCCGGCAGUCUGAGGCCACUGGGGGAAGCAUUGGCGCCGCUGAUGGAGGGUCCGGACCCUGACGGAGGGGAAAUCGGGGACUCGAAGAGGAGCGGAUCGAGUUUGGGGCAGUGGAUGAAGGGGCAGCUAGUGAGGACUCCUUCCGUAACCUCUUCCAUGGCGGCUUGCAAGAGGUCUGAUUUGAGGCUGUUGAUUGGGGUGAUGGGUGCUCCUCUCGCCCCGGUGCACGUUAGCACCACUGACCCAUUGCCUCAUCUUAGCAUCAAGGACACCCCCAUUGAGACCUCAUCCGCCCAGUACAUAUUGCAGCAGUACACGGCGGCUUCUGGUGGACAGAAGCUGCAGAGCUUGAUUAAAAAUGCCUAUGCGAUGGGAAAGAUCAAGAUGUUAGCUUCUGAGUUUGAAACCGCCACGAAGGUGACGAAGAACCGGAAUGCCUCGAGAUGUGCUGAAUCGGGAGGGUUUGUGCUCUGGCAGAUGAACCCCGAUAUGUGGUAUGUGGAGCUUGCAGUUGGGGGAAGCAAGGUUCAUGCUGGCUGCAAUGGCGAGCUUGUUUGGAGGCACACUCCCUGGCUUGGUGCCCACACUGCAAAAGGGCCCGUGAGGCCUCUGCGUCGAGCACUUCAGGGCCUUGAUCCUAGAACUACCGCCAGUAUGUUUGCGGAUGCAAGAUGCAUAGGGGAGAAGAAGAUCGAUGGCGAGGAUUGCUUUAUCCUCAAGCUUUGUGCUGACCCUCAGACAUUGAAGGCCAGGAGUGAAGGUCCGGCAGAGAUAAUUAGGCAUGUCUUAUUUGGCUACUUCAGCCAGAAGACUGGACUUCUUGUUCACAUGGAGGACUCGCAUCUGACCCGCAUCCAAUCUAUUGGUGGUGAUGCAGUCUACUGGGAGACUACUAUCAAUUCGUUCCUUGACGAUUACAGGCCUGUUGAGGGGAUCAUGAUUGCACACUCUGGGCGCUCUGUGGUAACGCUUUUCAGGUUCGGUGAGAUGGCAAUGAGCCAUACCAAAACAAAGAUGGAAGAAGCUUGGACAAUUGAAGAGGUUGCAUUUAAUGUCCCAGGCCUGUCGGUAGACUGCUUCAUUCCCCCAGCAGAUUUGAGAUCAGGAUCCAUCAGCGAGACCUGUGAACUCCCCCAGGAAGAAAGGGGAAAGGGGGCAAUUGCACUCGCAGCACAUCGGGCCAAAGUUGCAGCCCUGGAGAAAGACCAUGACAGCUCAGUUGAUAACAUGAUUUGGAAGAUGGAAGCCUAAGAAAGGAUAGGAUCCAAAUAGGGGAAAUUGUUUAUAUUGUUAGCUAGUUUUAGUUGACUAACAUUUAGAAGUCACGGAUUAGGAGUUCAGAUAGUUUUUUGGAAGUUGGUUUGUUCCUCAAUUAAUCUGUAAAUAGAGCAUAAUCAUUCACAGGUUUCACUGGGGCCUGGUUGAAUCUUUAUACUCAAUGCAGAAUCCAACUAGGUAGUUGGAGCUCAGGUUUCCAUUUAUAGGGAUAGAGCAAGUGGAGGUUAAUUUUUAAUUUACCUUCAAGUUAUGAAGGUGGUGAAGCUCUGGGAAUAUUGGAGCCGCUAACCUUUUAUAAUUUUUCUAUUAAUUUCCUUGAAUGAAUUUGGUUGGGACGAUAAGAAGGAAACUGGGUUCAACCGACAUGGGUUUGAUUGUAAUGCUUACUUCGUUAAUUUUGCCUCUUGUAAGAUUGCUAACUUCUGUGUGGUUGUUCCAUGGGGUUCAAAA